GCCUCUCAGUGAGCCUCCCCUCGUCCAUCUGAUUGGCGGAUCCUGUGGGGGCGGUACACGAUGGUCUGCCUGACAGGCUAAGAAGAGGGCGUAAGUACCCACGGCAGACUGAAGCGGAGGGACACAAACUGUUCAGCGGCUCCCGCACGUGCUCACUCUGCUGCAGGAACGUGGACACUGAUGCUCCGUAAACAGUGGAGUUAAUUAAAAUUCACGACAGUCACCGAGACUAAACGCUAACGUCUUUCCCUGUGACCGCUAGUUUUCACACACCACUAUGAAGUACAUUCUGGUUACCGGUGGUGUCAUAUCUGGCAUUGGCAAAGGCAUCAUUGCAAGCAGCGUGGGAACAAUCCUCAAGUCCUGUGGCCUUCAUGUCACAGCCAUCAAAAUCGACCCAUAUAUCAAUAUUGAUGCUGGCACCUUUUCACCUUAUGAACAUGGUGAAGUUUUUGUUCUGGAUGAUGGCGGGGAGGUGGAUCUAGACUUGGGAAACUAUGAACGUUUCCUGGACAUCCGUCUCACCAAAGACAACAACCUCACCACUGGAAAGAUCUACCAGUCAGUUAUCACCAAGGAGAGGAGGGGAGACUACCUGGGCAAGACCGUACAGGUGGUACCCCACAUCACAGAUGCCAUUCAGGAGUGGGUGAUGAAGCAGGCCAGGGUUUCAGUAGAUGAUGAUGGUGUGGAACCACAAGUUUGUGUCAUAGAGCUGGGAGGAACAGUGGGCGACAUUGAGAGCAUGCCGUUUAUCGAGGCCUUCAGACAGUUCCAGUUCAAAGUGAAGAGGGAGAACUUCUGCAACAUCCAUGUCAGCUUGGUACCACAGCCCAGUAGCACAGGAGAGCAGAAAACCAAACCAACCCAGAACAGUGUCCGAGAGCUCCGAGGGCUGGGCUUGUCUCCAGAUUUGAUUAUGUGCCGCUGUGCAUCACUCCUAGAAACGGCUGUCAAGGAGAAGAUCUCCAUGUUUUGUCAUGUGGAGCCCACACAGGUGAUCUGUGUCCAGGACGUCGCCUCCCUCUACAGAGUGCCCCUGCUGCUGGAGGAACAGGGUGUUGUGAGCUACUUCUGUCAGAGGCUGAACUUGCCUACUGAGAUGAGGCCCAGGAAGAUGCUCUUUAAGUGGAAGGAGAUGGCUGACAGAUCUGCCCGUCUCUUGGAGCAUGUCUCCAUCGCCCUGGUGGGGAAAUACACAAAGUUAUCUGACUCAUAUACAUCCGUUAUCAAGGCCAUGGAGCACUCAGCCCUCGCCAUUAAUCACAAAUUAGAGGUUAAGUACAUAGACUCUGCAGACCUGGAGAAUACCACUCUGCAAGAGGAGCCAGUGAAAUAUCAUGAGGCUUGGCAAAAACUCUGCAGUUCUGAUGGUGUGUUGGUACCAGGAGGUUUUGGUGUGAGAGGGACAGAGGGCAAGAUGCUGGCUAUUAACUGGGCAAGGAAACAGAAUAAACCAUUCCUGGGAGUGUGUUUGGGCAUGCAGCUGGCAGUGUGUGAGUUCGCCCGCAAUGUUCUCGGAUGGGAGGAUGCCAACUCCACAGAAUUUAAUCCAGAAUCCAGUCACCCUGUGGUGAUUGAUAUGCCAGAGCACAACCCAGGGCAGAUGGGUGGGACGAUGAGGUUGGGGAAGAGGCGGACCAUUUUUAAAUCCAACACCAGUGUACUGAGAAAACUGUACGGACAUGUCGAGUAUGUUGACGAGAGGCACAGGCACAGAUUUGAGGUGAACCCUGAGCUGAUAGUCCACUUUGAAAAAAAAGGUCUGAAGUUUGUCGGCCAUGAUAUGGAAGGAGAGAGAAUGGAAGUCAUUGAAUUGGAGGAUCAUUGUUACUUUGUUGGGGUGCAGUACCAUCCAGAGUUCACCUCGAGGCCCAUCAAACCUUCUCCUCCAUACUUCGGUCUCCUGCUGGCUGCUGCAGGAAAACUCCAGAGCUACCUGAGCAAGGGCUGUCGCCUCUCUCCACGGGACACUUACAGCGACCGCAGUGACAACAGCUCUCCUGAAGCAGACAUCUCCGAGCUGAGGUUUCCCUCUUUGUCCUUAGACUAAAGGAUGUGUAGUUGUUGCGUAUGUUUAGUAGUAAAUGCAAGGUCCAGAAAAAAGCUGGUCCACACAAUGGUUUUUACAUACUGAUAGGUACAGCAUCCUGUGAGAGUCAUUUAUGCUGUAGUAAAUAUAAUGUUUAUGUGUAAAAAGGAUGCCUUGCUGUUAACUCUGUGGGGUUUAGGAGUUAUGGUUUAAGAGUAUGAGCAGAAGCCUGGAUACUGUUUUAAUGGGGGAUUUUGAAAUACCUGUACAGACUUUUUUUUUUUUUUUUUUUUUUUUUUUUUUUUUACUAAAGAAGAAUAUAAAAUAGGGUGAGGCAUGAAUGGUAGAACAUUGGUCUGUCAGUAUGCAGUAUAUGCAGUUUUUGCACCUUUUAAGAUCAUGAUGCUUGGCAAAUUGUGAGGAGAUGGAUAGUGUAUUUUGCAGUUAAGUAUAGAAAAUUGUGACAAGCUCAGAAUAAGCAGAUUUGUUUGCAGCAGUGACAAGUGGUCAGGUCAGGAGUCACGGUCUGUGCAAUCAGGAUGCUCUUCAGGACAACCAUCCUGCAAAUCAGUCCAAUCCAAUGUACGAAAAUACACAUUAGAACCACUGACUUUUUACAGUUGUUCACAACUUGUAUUGUGAAAAUGUUGCCUGUGUAUCAUGACAGAUGCAUCCAGUGGUGUAGUGGAGUGUAUACAAAGGUAUUCACACCUCUUUUUCUGGUUGUUCACAAUAUUCCCACUUAUCAGACAAAAUGCCAUUAGAAUAUAUAGGAGAGUGCAACAAAUCCCUCUUUGGCUACAAGUACACCCACCUCAUCGUCUACCACUACACCUCUGGACACUUCAAUACAGUUACCUCCUUGAAAUAUUUACUGUCUGUUUUUACAGUUUUAUUAUUUGUAUUUCUCCUUUUAGGUUUAAUACCGCCUCACAUAUCUUAACUCUCAUUCAGGGUUCUACACAAAAGUGAGUAAGCUACAUGUCACUCUGGUUUAAAAUGAUCUUGCACAUAGAGCGUACAUGCAUAUCUGUGUGAGAUAAAACUGGACCACAUUGUUGUACUUUGGUGACUUUGGGGUGUUUGUGAUUUAUUUGUUUUUUUUUUUGUUGUAAGAGGGUGAACCACAUUAGCUGAUAUCACAAGGGCAGUGGGUGAGAAUUUCUUCAUGCAAUUUGUGCACUUGGUGGUGUUAUUCCUUUAAGUUUUUACUUCUUAAACCUGAGCUCACCAGUUUGUUCUUGCAUGACUUUUAUGUUUUGAGUCCCUCUGCCAGCUGACAUCAACAAGCAUGGUUAUGACCACAUUUGCCUUUCACAGCCGUAUCUGACCUGAAAUGAAAAAUGCUGAUGCACAGUCAUCUGACAAUCUGGUCAACUUAAAUUGCCUUUUGUCAAUAGUAUUUACUGAGAAAGAAAGCUUAUAAAAAUGGUUUUCCUUGAACUGAAAGAAAAAGCUAAAGAGUAGCAGUCAGCUGAUCAGCAUCAAGCUUCCAAGUUACAUUUUCACUUGGAGUCAAAUGUGGAGGACCUGGAUAGUUAAAUCAUUGCUGCCAGUGCCUUUAUUUAUCUGUUGUUGGCCCAAAUGUAUUAAAACAAACCUAUUUUUAUAUUUAUGAAGUUCAGAUGCAUGUGUGAUGCAUUAUGUGUGUUUAUUCUGAAUAAAUAUAUUUUUAUUCCUCAUGA